UAUUCAUUUACCACGUGAAAACUGACUGACUACUGUGAAAUAGUCGAAUAGUCGAUACUCGAUAGUGCGUAGAAAAUAUCUUCCAUAGUUCCAUUCAUCCUUCAAUUGUUCAGUGUUCACAUUCCACAUAUUUUGUAAUUUUAUUGUUUAUAGAUUUACUGGAUACAAAAUGCCUGUUAACUAUAAUAAAAAGAAGUUGGGUAAAAAGAUGAAGAAGACUCCAAGUGUUGCGUGUCCUCUCAUAAAAGAUCAUUGGAAUGACAAGGUAUCAGUGGCUAAGAAUUUAAGUAACUUUGGACUAACAAAUAAUCCUAGCAAAUCCAUUUUAACUGGUUUUACCAAUACUCAACCACAAAUACAAGGUGAAGAAAUUAAAGAACAUAAUAAAAAGCGUCAAAGAGAGGCAAAACAGCCACAAGUUGUCAAACUGUUGGAAGAACAAGCAAAUAAGCCUACAGGAAUCAAGCAGAUAACAUUACCUACUGGCACGAUAAAGUUCAUCACUUAUCUUAUGGAGAAAUAUGGAGACAAUUAUAAGGAGAUGACAAAGGAUCCGAAAAAUGUUUACCAAAUGACAUGGAAACAAAUACGUGCAAAAAUAUUAACAUUCAAAAGCAUAAAGGCUUACGAGCAUUUAAUGCCACGGCCAAUAGCCGAUUUAUAAUUUAUUUUUUAGUUAUUUAUAAUCUUAAUUAAAAAAAAGUCGUUUGGAAUUUUUUUAAAUUAUGUUAAAAAAAAAAGUAUACACAAGUUGAUUUUUAA